UCAGCCGAACACAUGUGGAAAACACGGGAAUAGGUUUGCGCAACAGGGAGGCGGGCGGCGGAGAUAUGAUUUUUAAUCACAAAGGACUCGAUUAGGGUCGGCUCGCAGCAGUAACAUCUGAGGAAAAUGUGCCAGAGGAGUUGGCUCUUCAAAUGGCUGGGAAUCGGCAUAGGCACUCUACUACUCUCCACAUGGACACGCUCUCAAGACACAGAUGAUUGGCAGUAUGAGGAGUGCAAGCUGUCAAGAGCCGGCCCACCUGCCACCAUAGUAGCCAUCGACGAGGAGAGCCCCAAUGGAACGUUACUGGUGGAGAACAUGCAGAUCAAUGGGCGAGCAGAGGACCCUGACAGGACCAUCUCUCUCUCACUGCGAGAUAACUACGACCACUGGGUCAUUCUGGACUCGGUCAACCAACGACUCUAUCUAAACAGCACCGGCAGAGUUCUGGACAGGGAUCCCCCAUCCUAUAUUCAGUCCAUCGUAGUGCAGGUGCAGUGUACAAAUGAGCUGGUUGGCACGGUGAUCCUCCACGAGGUCCGGAUUGUGGUGAGGGACCGGAACGACAACGCCCCUCGCUUCCAGCAGCCGCGCUACUACGUGGCCAUUAACGAGCUGACCCCUGUCGGCACCACCAUCUUCUCUGGGUUCUCUGGAAACAACGGGGCCAUUGACAUCGACGACGGACCCAACGGCCAAAUCGAGUACACCAUUCAGUUCAACCCAAAUGACCCAAUGACUAAUAGGACAUUUGAUAUCCCCUUAACCUUGUCUGGCUCUGUGGUGCUUCGAGAGAGGCUGAAUUAUGAAGAAAUCACACGCUACCUUGUCAUUAUCCAGGCCAAUGACCGAGCUCCAAACCCAAAGGAUAGACGGACAGCCACCACAACUCUGACGGUGGAUGUGUUGGACGGCGAUGACCUUGGGCCUAUGUUCCUGCCGUGCAGUCUGGUGGACAACACGCAUGACUGCAAACCCCUCACCUACCAUGCUGGCGUUCUGGAGCUUGCUGACCCCAGUAAAGUCAACCCGGUGAACGUGACCCCACCCAUUCAAGCAGUGGACCAGGACCGAAACAUCCAGCCUCCAUCUCAGCGCCCCGGCAUCCUCUACUCCAUCCUCAUCGGCAAGCCAGAGUCGUAUGCUAAGUAUUUCGCAUUGAAUCGAACCACGGCGGAGCUGUAUCUUCUGCAGCCCAUCAGCAGAGACCUCAACAAAUUUGACCUGGUCAUCAAGGCUGAGCAGGACAAUGGACACCCGCUACCGGCCUUUGCUAAUUUACACAUUGAGGUGCAUGAUGAGAAUAAUCAGGCGCCCUACUUCCAGAGGCCCGUGUACCAUGGCUUUAUCAGCGAAUCAGCAACCGUGGGCACCACCGUCUCCGACAACGCCAAUCUCACAGCCCCGCUUGCCAUCGUCGCCCUCGAUAAUGACAUGGAAGAGACCAGGGACCCCAUGGUGCAGAUCUCUCUGGGCAGCUACGGCAGCAUCUUCGCGUUGACCCCGCGGGGGGUUGCCCGCCACCUGACGCUGCUGAAGCCCGUGGACCGCGAAGAGCAGCAGAGCUACGUGUUCUCGAUGAUCGCCUCGGAUGGCGUCCAAGAGAGUUUGCCGGUGACCGUCAACAUCACCGUGAUCGAUGCCAACGACAACACGCCCACCUUCCCCAACGUCUCGUACGGCGUCAACGUUUUCACCGACAUGCAGCCGGGAGAGACUGUGCUGCGGCUAACGGCAGUGGAUGCGGAUGAGGGCCCCAACGGCCAGGUGACCUACCGCAUCCUGGCAGGAGACCAGGGCCAUUUUGUGAUUGAGAAGCACACGGGGGUGAUCAAAGCCAUGCCGGGCAUCAGUCUGGCCGUGGGCCGCACCUAUGCACUCACUGUGGAGGCCAUGGACAAUGGCCCCAAGGCCCAGAGGAGGAGCUCCAUCACUACAGUGUACAUUGAGGUGCUGCCGCCCAACAACCAGAGUCCCCCCAUCUUCCCCCAGCUCCUCUACAGCCUGGAGGUCAGCGAAGCAAUGAUAACCGGAGGCACACUGCUCAACAUCCAGGCUACAGACCGUGAAAAGGAUCCCAUUACUUACACGAUCCAGAGGGGCAAUCCUGACGGCACCUUCGGACUCCUGCAAGAAUCUGGACUCCUGCUUCUGAACAAGACGCUGGACAGGGAGACGACGGAUCGAUACACACUGGUUGUCACGGCGUCCGACGGAAAGGCAGAUGGGACCUCCACGACAACCGUCAACAUCCUGGUCACCGACGUCAAUGACAAUGAUCCCAUCUUCGAUCGCUCGUUCCCCAGGAACCUCUCGGUCCUUGAGGAGGAGGCCAACGCCUUCGUAGGCCAAGUGAAGGCCAGCGACCCGGACGCGGGGGCCAACGGCGAGGUCCGCUACCGCCUCCUGACCCACAACGGCCUUUUCCGCAUCAACAGCUCAGGGGCCAUCAUCACGGUGGCGCCGCUGGACCGCGAGGUCAGAGGUCAAUACCAGCUGCUGGUGGAGGCUUCGGACGGCGCCCAGGACCCACGGCGCACCACCCUACUGCUCCCCGUCACCGUGAUCGACGUGGACGACAACAGCCCGGUCUUCUCCCAGCCGGCGUACGAGGCCACGCUCGCCGAGAACAGCCCCGCCGGCACGGUCCUCCUCCACCUCAGUGUGAGUGGGCACUUUGACCUUUGA